AUGGCAGAGGCUGAGGUCUUCGUUGAUGAUGUUGUCGAAAUGAUCAUACUCAAUUUGCCAUUGAAAUCUGUACUAAAAUUUCGAUGCGUCUCAAAAAGAUGGGACUAUAGAAUCUCUGACAAAAGAUUCUCGCAGAAGCACUAUAAUAUAGCGCGCUGCCGUAAAACUGUGAGUCGGAGGCUGAUCAUCACAUCUUCCUCAUCUCGAAUGGAAUUCUUGGACCUCCAGGCGAAGUCAUCGUCAUUUAGAAAGCUUACCUGUCCGUUCUUGAAACUAAAGAAACGGCGGUCUCAUGAUCAAGUAGUCAAGCUACUUGGCUCUAGCAGUGGUUUGGUAUGUCUUAGUCUGGAUCCUCAUAAAAACUUCUACUUAUGGAAUCCAUCAACCAGCUUCUUCAGGAAAUUACCCGACCCAGAUUUCACUGGUUAUUUUUUAGAGGAAGAAGAAGAGGAUGUUAACUUGUGUGUUUACCACUACGGUUUUGGUUGUGUGUCGGCUGCUGAUGAGAACUAUAAACUUUUGAUAGGGUUUCGGAACAACUCUGAUUUUGAAGAGUUCUUCAUAUUCUCCUGGAAAGAUCAAAUUUGGAGAGACAUUUCCAAUGUCCCACAGUGGAUCUGUUUCAUAACCCAAGGACAGGGGUCUCUUUCAAAUGAAAAACUUCACUGGCCAUACGAUCACAGAAAUUGGCUCUAUGGACCUAAGCAGGAAGACUGUAUCCUUGCUUUUGAUCUGGAAAAUGAGAAGUUUGGAAAACUUUCGCUGCCUAAGUUUGAUGAUGAUGGUCAUUUAGAGUACGCUAACCUUUUGGGGGUCUCCUGUGAAGGACUGCUGCACUUGGUGCACCAUGUGAAGGAAUUCUCUGGAAUGAAGACCGCCAGUAUAUGGUUCCUGAAAGAACACGGGGUGACUGCCUCGUGGACUAGGCUCUUUAAUCUGAAGACUUCCCCUGAGCCUCUUGAGCCGAUCACUUGUCUCGGUCCAAUCUUUGUUAUUGAGGAAGAUCCAGCUUAUUAUUGGAAGACGUUCACAGAGAUUAGGUAUCAGAAUCAGCCUCAGCCUCACGUAUAUUUUCUGAAACAUAAAAAGCUACUCGACAUGAUUGUAUGUGAAGAGACUUUAGUCCGUCUCGAUGAUGCUGACGAAGAAGAAGCUAGCUCGGUAGGAAGUGGAGAUGAAUCAGAUGAUUGA